GAGCAAAAGUUUAUCCAUUCCGCAUGGCGUUUAUUUUUUCCAACAGUUUUCUACCGAGUUUAACGUCCACUUUCAAACACACACACUGUUCGCCGAAUAAAGCGAAAAAAUAAAGGAACCCCUGAAAAGCUGAGGAGAAAAAAUUCAAGUGCACAUAAUUUGGCCAUCACGCAGUGCACAGAUUUUGUGAGGGGGUACAUUUUUGGCAUUUUUGCAGCUCAACUUGCUAAACUAUUUGAAAAUUUUGGUGCAACGCUUUUCGCCCCUUUCGACCAAAACCAAAAUAAAUAAUUUUAUAUAGAAAAACAAGAGGAGUGCCGCCUGGCAACCAUGCCCCAUAUUCUAACGCCACAAGAAGGCAAAGAAGGGUGGUGAAUAAAUUUCGGCUUUGUUGGUUCAAUAAUCUGGAACGUUGGCAACAUGGCCGUUGUUUGGGACAUGAGUCAAUGGACGCAGGCGUGGCGGAUCGACAGUCUGCAGCCGACGGUCCGCUCGAGCGGUACAAGAACCACCACGAGCGGUACAAUCAUGUACGGUCGCACGGCGGGCGGUGCAAAUCAAUCCGUGACGAAUGGCAACUCAAAUAGUGGCGCAAAUAGCGGCGGUGGUGCUAGCGGUGGUGCCCAGGGACACGAUAAACUGAAAAUUGGCUUCUGCACGGACCUGGACAAAUCGGUUUUGGUCAACAACUUCGAGAAACGUGGCUGGCAUCAGGUGAAUGGCGAUGAUGAUUGGCAUUUCUAUUGGGCCGGGGUGCAAACCUGCCGGAAUAUAUUCAGUGUGGAUAGUGGUUAUAGGAUGCACGAUAACCAGAUGAUCAAUCAUUUUCCCAAUCACUAUGAGUUGUCACGCAAGGAUUUACUGGUUAAGAACAUCAAGCGCUAUCGCAAGGACCUCGAGAGGGAUGGCAAUCCUCUGGCGGAGAAAACGGAAUCCAAUAACUCCAGUGGCACCAGAUAUCUAUAUCUGGACUUUGUGCCCACAACUUUUGUCCUGCCAGCCGAUUAUAAUAUGUUCGUGGAGGAGUAUCGCAAGUUUCCGUUGAGCACGUGGAUUAUGAAACCCUGUGGAAAAUCCCAAGGAGCGGGUAUAUUCCUUAUAAACAAACUAUCCAAACUCAAGAAGUGGUCAAGAGAGGCCAAGGGUCCUUUUCACCCACAAAUAGCCAAGGAAUCGUAUGUGAUAUCCAGAUACAUAGACAAUCCACUACUGAUUGGUGGUAAAAAAUUUGAUCUUCGUCUGUAUGUUCUAGUCGCUUCGUUCAGACCCCUAAAGGCCUAUCUUUUUAAACAAGGAUUCUGCCGUUUUUGUACCGUAAAAUACGAUACUAGUGUUACGGAACUGGAUAAUAUGUACGUCCAUCUGACCAAUGUGAGUGUGCAGAAACAUGGUGGCGAAUAUAAUACCCUACAUGGUGGCAAGUGGUCUGUGCAAAAUCUGGCCCUCUAUCUGGAAGGAACUCGAGGAAAAGAGGUUACGGAUCGCUUGUUUGGAGCCAUUUCCUGGCUUAUAGUGCACUCCUUGAGAGCUGUGGCUCCUGUGAUGGCCAGUGAUAGGCAUUGUUUUGAGUGUUAUGGCUACGACAUCAUCAUAGACAAUGCCUUGAAACCUUGGCUUGUGGAGGUGAAUGCUUCACCGUCACUCACUUCAACUACGGUAAACGACAGGAUUCUAAAAUACAAACUGAUUGACAACAUACUGUCCGUGGUUCUACCCCCCGAUGGUGUGCCCGAUGUGCGUUGGAACAAGGUGCCCAGUGCCGAUGCUUUGGGCAACUUUGAGCUGCUCAUUGAUGAGGAGUUGGCCGCCCAGGAUGAACAACACCAGAACAGCAGCAGCAACACCCAUAGUAAAACAUCCAAGAUGGGCAGCCGAUGGAAGUGACGAAAGUAGAUUUGGGGAGGGUUGGGUCAUUCGAAGCUAUAUAUUAACUGGUUCUGGGAAGGAAAAUGUAUGAAAAUAAACGAAUAGCAGUUGGACUCAAUAGUUGUUCUUUGUGAACUCUUAAAUUACGUUAUACAAAAGGAGCAAAAGUAAAUAAAUGCCAUUAUGAAUUAUAAUA